AUGGAAUCAUACAAGAGAAGACAACCAUUGCUACCUGCGGCCCCUCCUUCUUUCAUAGGAACGUAUAAUGAUGUGGCAUUCAGACUAUUCAACCCUAUCACAGUAACGUAUAAUGAUGUGGUAUGUAACCCUAUCACAGGAGAGAAUGCGAUCUUACCUAAAGUGAAGAAAUACAGGAAGUCGACAAGCUUUUUAGGGUUUGAUCCGUUUGGAAAGCAAUUCAAGGUAUUGGCCGAAGGUUAUCCAUUCUGUCAUGAAAGGGAUCAUCAUAAAAUUCUGACGUUAGGAACUGGAAAACUUAAGUGGAGGAGAAAGAACAGUUGUCCCUGGUCAGAGGAAUUCAAACUCAUCGACACAAAAGGCUUUUGUGAUCAAUAUACUACUGAUUUGAUAAAUUACAAAGGUAAAUUAGGUGGGAUUAGUUGGAAGUAUGCUAAGGCUGGUACUGGAAAGCGUACCCUUGAGCUGCACAUGUGGGUUCUAGAGGAUGUGGAGAAACAGGAAUGGUCAAAUCAUGACUACACUUUGUCGGAUGAAAAAAUUGUUGAUGAGGAAGUUUUCGUUGCUGGAGUGACUUCUACAGGUGAGAUUGUUUUGUCGAUGAGAGAAUCACGUAAACCGUUUUAUGUUUUCUACUUCAGUCCCGAAAGAAACUCUCUCCAAAGUGUUGAAAUCCAAGGUUUUGGUGAGCAUCUUGGUAAAGUUAAAAAGGUCUUUGUAGACCAUGUAGAGGAUAUUACGUUGAAUAUUAUGAACACAAGCCUGCCAGACCGGAAGCGUAAAGCCACGAGUGCGUCAACAUCAUCUGAAUCUCACUUGCAACAAGAUGGUCCAGAACAGAAGCGUAAACCCAAUAGCAUAUCAACAUCAUCUAAAGCAGCUCACAUGUAA